AAAGAAGAAGAAACGGAAGUACCUCCACUGUGGGUGAAAUUAAGUGUAAAGAGGUUGCAAACAAACUCACGAUGUUUUCUUUGUACAUUCUGUGUAGAUUACGACCACGAAUUGUUUCUCAGUCGUUCAGUAACAUUCACCUUACAGCCGCAGGACAUGGUGCGCCGUUAACCGUGUCUUCUUUCAGAGGAGGAAGCAGGAAGAAACUACGUGCCGUCAGAAGGUCGUUUUCCAACCAAAACAACAAGAUACAGUCCAACUGUCCAUCAACCUGUUGUUUCUCCACGGCUACCCAAUCUGAGGAUGAGAACCUCAUUUACACUGGCAGCCUAGGCAGUGCUGUUCGAGGGGUAAAGAUGUUCUCUUACAGCACCAGCGGGGCCAGCAUUUUCCUCAUGCCCCACAUCCUCCUGAAAACCGGACUAGGAGUCCAGAGCUUUGCUAUGCAGGCUGUUUUCUGUGGUUUCAUCGGCUUCUUUACCUUCCUCACCCCUGUCCUCCUACACGUCAUCACCAAGGGCUACGUGAUCCGCCUGUACCACAACCCAGACAGAGACACCUACACUGCCAUCACCUACAGUGUUUUCCUCACUGAGAAAAAGAGCGUCUUCCACCAGAGGCAGGUCAGGAUCCCAGCCGUCAGCAAGAUGUUCACCACCUUCUACGCUGACAACAUGGGGUUGCUGGUAAACCCAGACCUGUUCCCCAUUCCACAUGACUAUAACCACCUAAUGGGCUAUGAUAAACCCUUCAUCUUCGACACAGACAACAUCGACAGACCUGAUAAGAGUUGAAAGACUGACUGCAAACAGGUUGUUAGUGUAGGAAUUAUUUCCACAACUCCAAACUGCACAGUAUAUAUGCUGUUUGUACCUAAGUGGAACAUCCACAGACUUGGCAACUAAAAUCAUUUGUCCAUUACAUUUUCAGAUGUUUUUUGGUCGAUAUUUUGAUGUAUGGUUCAUGUUAAUAAAUUAUAUCUUAAUUAUCAUGACCUUUUGGAGAGGGUUUUGUUGGUGUUUGGUGUGUCAUAAACAGAGGUGGGUAGAGUAGCAAAAAGCUACUCAAGUACAAGUACUUUUACUUUGCAAAAACAACUACUCAAAAUAACUACUUGAGUUAGAGUACAAAGACAUUUCUGAAAAAAAGUACUCCUAAAAUACAAUGCCCAAAUAAAUGCAGUAAUUUGUGUCUAUAUCUGUAUCUGUUCCCCCUUCUCUCUUUAAUUAACUCUUAUAUCAUCAUUUGUAUGGCAACUUAGCAUUUUUCAAUGGAAAUAUAUUUGUGAAUCCUUGUGUAUCAAAAUAAACUACAAAAUACAGCAGCCAUGCCAUGUAAUAAAAUUAACUACUGUA